CGACUGACAGGCUGCCGGUCAUAGGAUGUGGGGUUACGCAUGGGGCGUGAGAAAAUAAAGUGUGGGAAAGAGUGGGCGUCGCGGUGUAGUAAAACAUUUGAUAUUGUAUGUAGUGAACCGAACACUUACGAAUGCAUGCGCCAGUAGCAGGCAUCAUUUCGUAUUGUUGUUGUGUGUGUGAUAAAUAAGUUGAGUUCACGGAGCGAAAAGGUUGCAAUGUGUGAGGAAGAGACCGACGAUUGACCGGAGAUCUCGUGGGAAACGACCUUUGUUAUGUAUACUGUUAUAUAGAUUAGUUAAACAAAAAAUCAGUUCGAGAAUUUAAUCGCACGCGAUAUGGGAGUCACUGGACUCUGGCGUCUCAUUGAGCCUGCCGGCAAACCGGUGCCAGUAGAGACACUUGAAAACAAAGUCUUGGCCGUGGAUAUUUCAAUAUGGUUGCAUCAGAUGGUGAAAGGAUAUCAAGAUGCAAAAGGAGCUCCAGUUGCCAAUGCUCAUCUUAUGGGUCUCUUCCAACGACUUUGCAAAUUACUAUACUUCCGAGUUAAACCUGUUUUUGUUUUUGAUGGAGGUUUUCCAGAUUUAAAAAAAGAAACAAUUGCCAAAAGACAAGACAACAAAUCAAAGUAUAAUUCUCAAUCUGAAAGAUUAAAACGUGAAUUAGCACUUCUUUUAGGCAAAAGAACAGCAAUCAAUAGCUUACUUGGAAAACAAAUUUCACCAAAGAAAAAUAAACAAGUGGAAAAUAAUGAUGACUUAUUCAAAUUACCGGCAUUACCGGAAAAGGAAAUAGAAUCUGAAUCAGAAUCAGAAGAUGAACAAAGUACAAGCACUUCCAGUGUAGAUUUACACACAGUUGAUCUUGAAUCUGAAAAUAUCAAGAACAUGCCCUUAAAAGAGAAAUAUGACUUACUUGUGGAACUAAAAGAAACGAGAAAAAUGAAUUCAUGGGGGAAACUUCACAUUUUACCAAAGAAAAGUGAUAACUUCUCUAAUUUUCAACUGGAAAGAUUACUGAAAAGAAGGAAAUUGCAAGAAUGUCUGGAGGAAACAGAAAAGGAAAUGGGUGAUGGAUGUAUGUCUUUAAAUGAAUUAGAGUCACUACUUAAUGAAGAAGGCAUUGAUACAAAAAUCGAAAGUUUGCCCAGUCGUCGUAUAGCUUCUAAUAAUACAACUAGAUAUUUAUUUAUAAGUAAUGUUCAACAAGCUUUAGCUGAUGCCAAGAAAAGAGAAAUUGAUGCCAUUAAAAAAACAGAAACAAGUGAACCUGGUGGCUCUGCACAGACAACUCAAUCAGACACAAGUAAACCUGGUAGUUCUUCAGAAAAUCAGGAAAAUAAAUCACCAAAGCAUGAUGAAUUAGAAGAUGAUCUGCAAAAAGCUAUUCAAAUGUCAUUAGAAUGUAUGGAUGAGAGUGAAACUAGUGUCUGUGCAUCUAAAACUGAUGAAUCAUGGACAUCAUUCUUAUCAGAUUCUGAUUACAGUGAUGAUGAAUGUGAUGGUUUCGGACAGCCAGAUAUGUCAUCAGCAAAAGCUUAUAUAAAGCAGUAUAGUGACUUUACACAUAAAGCCAUAGAUAAUUUAGUUGCUCCUAAACAAAAACCUAAAAUUAAAUCAAAAGAGAAUAAUAUCAAUAAAAUAAUAGAGGAACUUGAACAAGAGAAAACAAUUAUUGAGGACAACAUAUCAUUAAUGUCUAGUGAUGAAGGAGAUGAAAUAGACAACAAAGUGAAGAGUUGUAAACAUUUAAAAUUAGAAACUACAAUUGCUGAAAAUAUUAAUGAAGUUGAAUUAGCCAGCAACAAUAGGUCUCCCUUAAAUUCAACAAACACUGAAAAAUUUAAAAUUGAGGACAAUGUAAUGAAUGACACCCAAGCUUCAGUGAUACUUGUUGAAAACUCUGAGAACCAAGUUAUAUCACUUGAAGAUAGCUUAGAUGAUGCGUCAGAAACAAAGAAAUUUAAAUUUCCUAUAGAAAAAGAUGAUCAUGAAUUAUCAAGUUCCAGUGAAGAUGAAUUUGAAGAAGUAUCUGAUAAUGAUCAAAAACCAAAUAAACCAACUAUAGAACUGACUCUUAAUAUGGGAGAAAAAAUAGAAAAUGAUAUUUUUGCAGAUAUUUUUGAUAGAGAAAAUGAAAAGGUGUUAAAUACUACAAACAUGGGCAAAUUUUCUGAAUUCAAUGAAACAAAAAACAUAUCAAAUGAAUGUACUAACAAGAAUAAUGAAGAAAAAUUAAAAGCAAUAGAAAUAAAUAAAGUACCCCCCCAUCCAAUCCAACCAGAACCUUAUGACAAAAAUAAAGAUAAUAAAAAAACUACUAGUAUUAUUGAAAAAAGUGAUUCAGGUGCAGUUGUUUUUAAUAAAACAACUGUUGAUAAAAACGAUAAUAAAACUACAAUACCUGAAACCAGAAUUAAUGAAUCGAUUAAAAAAACAAAUGUACCUGUAAAAGAAAAUAUAUCAACAGAAAACCUCAACUCCAUGGUGACUGAAAUUGAAAUUGAGGAAGAGGAACUACUUCAAGAAAAAGGACGUUUAGACCGAAUAGGUCGAAAUAUUACUGCAGAAAUAACCAAAGAAGCACAAGAACUGCUUCAAGUUUUUGGUAUUCCAUACAUUGUUGCACCUAUGGAAGCAGAAGCACAAUGUGCUUUUCUAGAAAAUGUGAAACUUACUGAUGGUACAAUAACAGAUGAUAGUGAUAUAUGGUUAUUUGGGGGCCAAACAGUUUAUAAAAAUUUCUUCAAUCAAAAGAAACAUGUUCUUCAGUAUUUAAGUGAGAGGAUUGAAAAGUCUUUUAAUUUAACUCGAGAGCAGUUAAUACUGUUAGCGCUAUUAGUUGGAAGUGAUUAUACAACAGGAGUAGCUGGGGUUGGUCCAGUUACUGCACUAGAGAUACUAGCUUCAUUCCCUUUCAACAAAAAAAAGUUACUCAGUGAAUGUUCCAAUAAACAGGCACUUUAUCAAGAGAUUGUCACUGGCUUACAAGACUUUAAAAAAUGGGUGAAAGCAGGAAAACGAACCGAUAAUGUAAAUUUAAAGAAAAAGUUAAAAAAUGUGAGCCUUGCUGAUGAUUUUCCUAGUGUGAGAGUGGUUCAGGCAUACUUAGAGCCAAAUGUUGAAAAAAGUGAAGAUAAGUUUACAUGGGGUGAGAUUGAUAUCACCAUAUUAAGGGAUUACACAAAGGCUAAGUUUGGAUGGUCACAAAAUAAGCUAGAUGAAAUUAUAAAACCAGUAUUAAAGAGGUUACUUGAGAGAAAAACACAGAAAACUGUUCAUGAUUAUUUCAAAAGAAAAAUAGAUGUAGAAACAUUAGAGGAUCAAAUGAGUAAGAGAGUUAAAGCUGCAGUACAAAAAAUGGCACCAUGCCAAGUGCAAGUUAAUAAUGAAGAAACAGAAAAUAAUGUAAAACUCAAGCGGAAGGGUAAAAAAAGUACCAACACAAAUGCUUUGUCUAAAGCUAAAAGAAGCAAAAAUGAAGAUGAACUGAAAAAUAUACAUGAAAUUGUUAAAGCAUCCACAUCUAAUGUAACUGAGAAUAAAAUUGAUGUAACUGUUCCUAAAACAGAUCGAUAUCAGGAAAUCAUACCGCAAAGAGAAAAAGAUAAACAAAGUUUAUUGCAAAAUAAAAUGAAGGCUAUAGAAUUGUUUCGAAAAACUAAAAUUGAUAAAAGAAAGAAGACUACUAGAAGAAAACUUCCCGCACCUAAAGAAAAGGCGGAGUUGUCCGAAAGUGACAGUGAUUAAUAUCUUAACUAAAUUAUUUAAUUAUAAAACUAAUAUAUGAUGUAGUUUUUAACUCUGUUAGACGUGUUCUUAAUAUAUUUUGUGGCUGUGAAUUGCAAAUUGUGUACUUUGUUAAAAUAAAAUAAGUUUAUAAAAUA